GUAACAAAGCGUAGUCCCGCUCCGCUCUUCCGCCGUCCUUGGGUCGUCUUCAACCUCUUGCUAGCAACUUCGCACCACCACUGCAACAGAUUGGAAGCUCAAAAACUUUUGCCGGCGACUUCUCUUCCCAAAGUGGAAAAGGCAAGCGUUGGUCGCUCUGGGAAAGGCUCAGGGGAUUCGCAAUCAUGGGCAAGCCGGGCUCUCGGUCGGAUUUAGCGGCCAAAGCUGAUCGCAAGUUCGAGAAGAAGCUCCAGUUCUAUGCCAAGGUUAGGGAUACUGUUGCUUCUUUGGGUGCGAAAAGUGCUAUUGGCAAGAAGAAGAAAUUGAGAAGUCGGCAAAAAAAGUUGAAAGCAUAUGACCUCUCCACCCUCUCCGAGUUCCUUCCUGAGGCAGAGACCAAGCAAUUGUGUCCACCCGCUGAGUUCAAGCUGAGUUGCAGAUCUAGGGGGAAGCUAAUAUUGAAGGAAGGGAAACAGUUGAGUACAGUCCUUAAUCACCCGGCUUUCCAAUCAAAUCCACUGGCUUCAAUUCAACGGCACUUAGAGAGCACACAACCUGUUCUGGAUGAGAAACCCAAGAAGAAGAAUAAAACUGGAGGAAAGAAGAGGAAAAGCAAGAAAUCAAAGGCGGCUUCUGCCGAUCAAUCAAUGGAGAUCUAAAUCCAGGUCUCAUUGCCAGGGAAGAUCUUUUGGUCGCCUCUGAUGAUGAAAGUAAAAUGAUGCAUGUGUGGGAUGGUAGAAUUUGCCUAUCGCCUGAUUGCGGUUUUCCUUAUUUUGGGGAUGAUGACUACUGAAAUGAGCGGGCGCGCUUGCUUCCACCUAGACGCAAGUCUAUGUCAUCUGGAAGUGCUGUACAGAAAAGACCAUAGUCCUGACUUUGCGGUAUGAUCUCUACUUCUGAACGUUUUGAAGUGCCUA